GCGGCCCGGCGCCCCGGCGCGCGGCUCUAAAGCGCGGCGCGGGGCGGCGCGGCGCAGACGGCCAUGGCCGCCACCGCGCAGUACCUGCCGCGCAGCGCCGCGCUGAUGCACCCCGACGGGGACCGGCUGCACCAGGGCACCACGUACCGCGAGGUGCAGAAGAUGAUGCACCACGAGUACCUGCAGGGGCUGGCCCCCGCCGCCGGGCACGCCGUCGGGCUGGCGCACCACCAGUGGCUGCCCAGCGCCGGCACGGACUGGGGCAGCGGCGGGGGCGGCGGGGGCGCGCACCUGCCGCCCGCCGAGCACGCCAAGGGCGGCCCGCCGGGGCCCCGCGAGGAGCUGUCCGCCGCCGCCGCCGCCUUCCACCACCGCCCGCACCUGGUGCACCAGCCGGCGGCGGCGGCGGGCGGGGCGGCGGGCGGCUGGGCGCAGGGCGGCGCGCACCACCUGCCGCCCAUGUCGCCGCCGUCGGGGCAGCCGCUGCUCUACGCGCAGCCCUACGCGGGCCUCAACGGGAUGCUGGGCCCGCCGGCGCCCGCGCUGCACCACGGGCUGCGCGACCCGCUGGGCGCCGAGGAGGCGGGCGCGCACGAGCUGGCGGCCUCGCCGCCGCCGCUGGGGCCGCCCGAGCCGUCGGACGAGGACGCGCCCAGCUCCGACGACCUGGAGCAGUUCGCCAAGCAGUUCAAGCAGCGGCGGAUCAAGCUGGGCUUCACGCAGGCCGACGUGGGGCUGGCGCUGGGCACCCUCUACGGGAACGUCUUCUCGCAGACGACCAUCUGCCGGUUCGAGGCGCUGCAGCUGAGCUUCAAGAACAUGUGCAAGCUGAAGCCGCUGCUCAACAAGUGGCUGGAGGAGACGGACUCCAGCACGGGCAGCCCCACCAACCUGGACAAGAUCGCGGCGCAGGGCCGGAAGCGCAAGAAGCGCACCUCCAUCGAGGUGGGCGUCAAGGGCGCCCUGGAGAACCACUUCCUCAAGUGCCCCAAGCCCUCGGCGCACGAGAUCACCUCCCUGGCGGACUCCCUGCAGCUGGAGAAGGAGGUGGUGCGGGUCUGGUUCUGCAACCGGCGGCAGAAGGAGAAGCGGAUGACGCCGGCCGGGGUCCCGCACCCCCCCAUGGAGGACGUUUACGCACAGGCGGACACGUCGCCGCUGCACCACGCGCUGCCCGGCGCCGUGCCGUGACUGCCCGGCCCCGCCGCGGCCCCGACGGCGGCGGCGCGGGCGCGGGCGGCGGGAGACGCGCUUUAAUUUAUUCCUCAGACUGGCCCGGCCCGGCCCCGCGCCCCGCGCUGUAUUUAUUCGCGCCGGAGCCGCCCGCGGCCGCAGCAGCAGUAGCCAAAGGUUUGCGAUCUCUAAUUUAUUCCCUUCCUCGCGCGGCCGCCGGGGCGGCGGCGCCCCCGGCCCGGGCUCGCCCGGAGGACGCUUCGGUAUCGCUUCCCGGCCCGUCUCUAUUUAUUUUCUAACCGUGCGCGGAGCUCUCUCCCUCCCGUUGGUGGGUUCGGUCCGGUCCAUCCCCCUUGGGUUUCGGUUUUUGUUUGUAUCUUUAUUGCAAAACCAAUGUAGACUGCGAGGGUACGUUUCUAUUUAUGUUAUAGUAAAUAUUUUAUUACUUACAUAAACCAUUUACCCAGGAA